AUGUCUCGAUUGCACCUUACCCUUCAAAGCUCGGACGGCCAGGAUUUUGUCGUAGGUGCGUGCAAUUCCCCUUCGAAGCACCCGAGGCCGGGUGGGCUGAUCGCCCAACCAGAGCGCAAAGUGGCAGAGCGAUCGAUUGUCGUCCAGAACAUUGUUAGCGAUCUGGGAGAAGAAGCCAUGGACGAGGCGAUUCCCAUUCCUAACGUCAACGCCGCCGUGCUGGAGAAAGUCAUCGAAUGGUGCACCCACCACAUGCACGAUCCUUUUUCCUCCAUCGACAAGACCGACACCGACUCUCGCCAGAAUUCCACCGACAUAGAAGAGUGGGAUCAUGCAUUCCUGCAAGUCGAUCAGGAAAUGCUCUUCCAAAUCAUCCUCGCCGCCAACUAUCUCGACAUCCCGGCUCUCCUGGAUCUAGGCUGCAAGACCGUUGCCAAUAUGAUCAGGGGUAAGUCGCCCGAGGAAAUCCGUCGAGCCUUCAACAUCCAGAACGAUUUCACUCCCGAGGAGGAAGAUCAAAUUCGCCGGGAAAAUGCGUGGGCGGAGGACGUGUAG